AUGCCGCGAGUCUAUGUUCGUAAAAAACAGCCAAAAUAUACCGAAGAAAGUUUAAAUAAAUUAAUUGAUUUGAUUAAAGACAAAAAAAUUAGUGUUAAGAUCGGAUCAACGCAAUUUAAUAUUCCGCUUUCCACUAUUUAUGAUCGUUUGGCGCACAAUCGGGGGCCAAGAGGACGUCAAACAAUUCUUUCUAUUGCUGAAGAAGAGUUUCUUGUGAAGUUAAUCAAGCUGUAUCAAGAAUGGCAGCAACCAGUCUCAAAGCCAGAUAUUCUUGAAUUAACGAAGACAUACAUGAAACAAUUGGGAAAGAAAACGAGAAAUCAAGAUGGUAAUGAAUUAAAACUGAAUGAUUGGUAUUAUGGAUUUUUAGCAAGAUGGUCUACAGAAUUAAAAACAUAA